GUAUUUGGUGUAUUAGAAAAUUUUGUGUGGUAUAUACUGAAUUACGAAAUAAUUCAGUGGUAUUUGGUAAAAAAAUCCGUUAAAUAAAUAAUAACAAUUUACAUUGUUUAAGUCAUUAAUAACUCAAGCCAUAACGAACACCGGCUAUUACCCUUACAACUUGUGCCCAACAAAUCCAACAUAGUAAUGACAAAUUGACAACGAAGAGAAAAGAACAAGAUAGAGCCACGAGGUUCAUGCACAUAUAUUGGGUAACUACUCCAUCCUUCUGGCUGUUAUUGUAACACCAACAAACGUAACACACCAAUCAACCUGUUUUCACCCUGUAUUUUACUCAUUUGCUUAUUCAUUCUAAGUCUUCAAUCAUUUGAUCAUUUCCCAAUCCAAAAAAUGAGCAAACUUUCUCUACUAUUGCUACUAUUAUUCACCCUCCAUUUUUCACACCAUCUUUCUGAAUCAAGCUCUGAUCUUUUUGAUUCAUGGUGCAAAAAACAUGGCAAAAUAUACCCAUCUGAGCAAGAAAGACAACACAGGCUCAAAAUUUUUGAAGACAAUUUGGAAUUUGUCAACCAUCAUAACAGCUUGGGAAAUUCCACUUAUACCCUUGCUCUGAAUGCUUUUGCUGAUUUAACCCACCAUGAAUUUAGAAGUUCUAAGCUUGGGCUUUCCAAUUCUGCUAAUGAUUUCAUCAGGUUGAAGCAUAGUGAAAAUCCUGUUCAGUUUCCUGAUUUGGGUGUUCCUGAUUCUGUUGAUUGGAGGAAUCAAGGUGCUGUUACUAAUGUCAAAGAUCAAGGAAAUUGUGGUGCUUGCUGGGCUUUCUCCGCCACAGGGGCAAUUGAAAGUGUAAACAAAAUUGUCUCAGGCUCUCUUGUCAGCCUUUCCGAGCAGGAGUUAAUUGACUGUGAUAGAAGCUACAAUGAAGGCUGUGAUGGUGGGCUCAUGGACUAUGCUUACCAGUUCGUUAUAGAUAACCAUGGGAUUGACACUGAAAAAGACUACCCAUACCAGGCUAAACAAAAAUCUUGCAAUAGGAACAAGCUUGCGAGACAUGUGGUAACUAUUGAUGGUUAUGCUGAUGUCCCUCCUAAUAAUGAGAAAGAACUUCUAAAAGCUGUUGCCGCUCAACCAGUAAGUGUUGGCAUAUGCGGCAGUGAGAGAGCAUUCCAGUUAUACUCCAAGGGAAUCUUUUCUGGCCCAUGUUCCACCUCUGUAGAUCAUGCUGUUCUGAUUGUUGGUUAUGGUUCAGAGAAUGGAGUUAAUUACUGGAUAGUUAAAAAUUCAUGGGGAACUUCUUGGGGUAUGAAUGGCUAUGUACACAUGCAGCGGAACAGUGGAGAUAAAAGUGGAAUUUGUGGCAUCAAUGUGAUGCCAUCAUAUCCCACAAAAACAAGCCCUAAUCCACCACCACCACCACCUCCCGGACCUACUAGGUGUAGUUUGUUCACAUCUUGUCCAGCAGGUCAGACUUGCUGUUGUGCACGGAGCUUUCUUGGUAUAUGUACAACUUGGAAAUGCUGCGAGUUAAAUUCUGCAGUAUGCUGCAAAGAUCAUAUCCACUGUUGUCCUCAUGAUUAUCCAGUAUGUGAUACACAAAGGAAUCUUUGUCUCAAGCGAACAGGAUAUAUUACUUUAGCCAAACCAUUUAACAGCAGACAGAGCAGCUUGUGAAGAAUCUGGCAGUUUGAAGUUCCCUUGUAUUCAGUAACUUGGUGUUUGAAACUAUCCUUGGAUGCUUGUACGUAUUCUUUUUCACAUUUCGACGAUAGGGGGGCAAGGUAGAUGAAGCUCCCCAUGCUAUAUAGAGGAAUUCAUGCAGUAUAUUCGACAUUGCGCAUCUUUGUACUGUUGUACAUGGUGGAAAAUAGAUACAGUUUGAUGUCGUUUAUGCUGAAGGAGAGUAGAGGGUGAUGAUUUUGCAGUAUAUGCCUUGUUAAUAUCAUAGUGUUCUGCUGAAGAAGCUUUUCUACUCUUACAGCAGUGUUAUUAAGGUCCGACAGUUAGAUUUUCAUGUGUUCAUGUAAUAUACUGGUAUUUGCCUUGCUAUGGUUGUAAACAGGGUCAGGGCUCAAAUAUUCUUGGGGACAUUGUGUUUUUUAUUAAUAUAAUCGGAGCCCUGAAUGAUGAGGAAAGCAGUUAAAAAUCCGUUGCAUAAUGAGUGCAGUCGAUGUUUAUCAAGCUUCGGCUUCCAUUAA